AAGCAUUACUUGUCCUUUAAUAAAGGAGAUUUCAAGCUAAUUUGUUACCAUUUGAUAAGAUUUGUUCAUCGAAACCCACCAGGGGAUAGGGCCAUUUUAAAAAAUUGUAAAAAGUGAGAGGUAUUUCCGUAAAAACAACGAAGUCCAAAUUUUUUUUUUGGUUAAAAAAAAAUAUCGAAGUUCAAAUUGAAAAUGGGCGGCCCGCUCUGGUUUCUUCAUCCAAACCACCCCUAUUCUACUACAGGUUGAAGCCAUUUGUGGUCAGCCACUGACUCUAUCAGCUUCAGCUUCCAAACUUUACUCUGACACUUCAAAUCUCUUCAUUUCUGGUUUUCGCUUCGCAGAUUCUACACAAAACCUUUCAUUUUUGGUCUUUAAUGGACUAAUAAAUCCACGAAUUCCAGUUCUUUUUUUUUUUUGUAAUCUUUGGAUUCAUAGCUUCAGCAUGUCGAGAGAGGCCUCCAGUUCUCGAUUCAUCCAUCGAAAUGCUCUUUCGAGGACUCCACAACCACAAGACGAAGCAAACGAGAAUGAAUUCGAAAACUCGCUGAAUUCAGUUCACUUUCCGCCUCCCAGAACACCACUAAACGCUAUUCCUGAUCCAUCUCAGUAUCACACAGAGAUUCAUGAAUCCGAUUUCCAUUCUAAGGGUAAACUAGAAACAGUUCGAGCUGCUAGAUUAUCAGGCAAGAAAUUUGAGCCUGUCGAUAGAGCUGCAAGUUAUGUGACACCUAGGAUUUCGACUCGUCAUGGUAAAGCGCAUUCGGAGCCAAAUUCUGCGCAGAGUGCUCCGGCGAGGACUGGCUCCAGAGCUUCUCUAGGUGGAGCGUUGGGAGCUUAUGCUGUUGGGCUUGGGGCUAGAAGCACACACUUCGCUAAAGGAAAAGAAACAAGCUCUAUUUACAGGCUUUCAAGAGGGAUUUCCGUAGAACAUUCUGAUUUUUCAGUGGAAGUUCCGCAUUUUGAGCUUGAUGAAGAUCCUUCAUUCUGGGCGGAUCACAACGUACAGGUCCUGAUAAGAAUUCGGCCACUUAGUAACAUGGAGACAGUUGCGCAAGGGUAUGGUCGGUGUUUGAGACAGGAGAGUGCACAGACAUUAGUGUGGCUUGGUCAUCCUGAGACCAGAUUCACCUUUGAUCACAUAGCCUGCGAUACCAUUUCACAGGAAAAGCUAUUCAGUGUUGUUGGGAUACCUAUGGUGGAGAACUGUAUGUCAGGCUAUAACAGCUGUAUGUUUGCUUAUGGCCAGACGGGUAGUGGCAAAACAUAUACCAUGAUGGGUGAGAUAAAUCAGCUGGAAGGCAACCUCAGUGAAGAUUGUGGGAUAACCCCUCGCAUGUUUGAGUAUUUAUUUUCAAGGAUUAGAGAGGAAGAAGAAAGUAGGAAAAAUGAAAAGCUGAGGUUCAGCUGCAAAUGUUCUUUUCUGGAGAUAUACAAUGAGCAGAUAACAGAUCUGUUAGAGCCUUCAUCGACCAAUUUGCAACUAAGAGAAGAUUUAAGGAAAGGUGUAUAUGUUGAAAACCUUACAGAAUAUAACGUGAAGACUGUUAAUGAUGUCACCAAGCUUCUGUCACAGGGUGCUGCAAAUAGGAAAAUGGCAGCAACCAACAUGAACAGUGAAAGCAGUCGUUCCCACAGUGUUUUCACUUGUAUCAUUGAAAGCUGGUGGGAGAAAGAUUCUAUGAACCAUUUUAGGUUUGCAAGGUUAAAUUUAGUAGAUUUGGCUGGUUCUGAAAGGCAGAAAAGCUCUGGUGCAGAAGGAGAUCGCCUAAAAGAAGCAGCAAACAUAAACAAAUCUUUAUCAACUCUAGGAUUGGUGAUAAUGUCUUUGGUCGAUUUAGCACAUGGAAAACAAAGACAUGUACCUUACAGGGAUUCUCGGCUGACGUUUCUACUUCAGGAUUCUCUGGGUGGAAACUCGAAAACAACAAUUAUAGCAAAUGUCAGCCCAUCUAUAUGCUCUUCACACGAAACACUAAGCACUCUGAAAUUUGCCCAACGUGCAAAACUCAUCCAAAAUAAUGCUAAAGUAAAUGAAGAUGCUUCUGGUGAUGUUAGUACGCUUCAGCGGCAAAUCCAACAGUUAAAGGAACAACUGUCCUUUAUAAUAAAGCAUCAUAACCUUUCCACAUCUCUAUCUAGUUGUGUGCCAAAUUUUGAAGAAACUAUAUUGGCUAGCUACCCUGAAAUGUAUAAUUCCUCAAAAGAAAAUAGAGCAAUCGAUGGCCAUAACUUAACAAAUUAUGCAUAUGAGAAGGUAAAAUGCAUGGAAGCUACUUUAGUUGGUUCACUUAGGAGAGAAAAGAAGGCAGAAACAGCACUCCAGAAGUUAGAGGCUGAAAUUGAGCAUGUGAACCAAUUUGCUUUCCAAAGGGAGGAAGAAUUGAAGCGAACAAAGAUGAUGCUAAGAUUUCGAGAAGAGAAAAUUAAACAACUAGAGUUUUUAGUGGAUGGUUCAUUGCCUGUUGAUCAUUAUCUCAUGGAGGAAAACAAAGCUUUAAAAGAAGAGAUUCUGCUACUUCAAGCGAGAAUUGACAAAAAUCCAGAUUUGACACGUUUUGCUUUGGAAAAUUUAAAACUUCUUGAGCAGCUUCAAUUGUUCCAGAAUUUUUAUGAGCAAGGAGAACGGGAAACUCUGUUGGCUGAAAUCUCAGAAUUACGUGAGCAGCUCCUGGACAUGCUUGAAAGAAAGCUCAAAUGCUCCUCUGCAUAUGAGAAUCAGGAUAACAAUAUUUUAGAAGAGUUCGAUGAUUGCAGGAACAUGAAUUCCAAACUGAUGAGAGAAGUAGAAGAAUUAAGAGGGGAACUGCAAAAAUUUUCAAGCUGUACUCAAGCUGCUUUUGAUACUGUAAUGGAUUCUUUUUCCAAGGAUCCUGAGGAAAUUAGGCAUACAGAUAAUUACUCAUUAGUCGAGACAGUAUCUAUUGAAAGUGAGUCUGGAGAUGAGAUGGCAUCUUAUAGGCUGGCUGAUGAUGCAGAUCCCAAAAGUAAAAAUAAUUGGAAGAUGGAUGCUAGAUUCUUAAUUGAAUCAAAGGAAACUGAGCAUACCCAUGUAAUUAAAGAACUGCAACUUACACAGGAGCAGAAUCUCCAGUACAAAGUAGAAACAGAAUCUGUUGGAAGUGGGUGUCUAGAAUUACAAAAUUUAGAGAAGCAGAACAAAGGUCUGGCAAUGGAGGGUAGUGAAGAUAUCAAAAACAUGAUGUUGCAAGCAAAGUUGGAGAAAUUGACUAAAGACCUUGAGCAGGCCAGAUUACUUAAUUGCCAAUAUCAAAAGGAUCAGGCUUCACGAUUAUCUCACCAGCAUCAAGUUGAAUUAAUCCAUGAACAAGUUGAGAUAGAGACUGCAAGAACAAUUCUUCAUUUACAGGAGGAGGUUGCAGCCCUCCAAUUGGAAUUUAAUGAGAAAUUUUGUUGCAUGACCCAAGAAAAUAUGAGGCUAAGAAACACCAUAGAGACUAAAGAGGAAGAAAUAAGGGUGCUUUGUCGGGAGUGGGAAAGGGCAACCUUUGAACUGACAAGCUUCCUUGUAGAAGGUUCAAAAUCCCUCGAAGAUGCCUCUGGUCAGAUUGAAACUAUUAUCUGUUCAUUUCCUCAAGUGAAUGUUUGGAUUAGAGAACAUGUUGAGAGGGCUGCCAGAGCUUGCAUUGACAAGGAGGAAGCAAUUUUACGGCUAGAGAAAAGCUUGGAAGAUGCACAGAAGAUGGUGAUAGAAAUGGAGCUGAAGUUAAAUUCCCUGAAGGAGGCAACAAUGGCUUUGAGCGGAUUUCCUCAACCAGAUAAUGAUCAAAGCAUGGAAGAGGCAAUCAACUUAGGCAUGCUGUUAAACGAGAAGAUCAACGUGAUAAAAAUGCUGGAGAGUAAACUCAAAUGCCAGGAGAAUCACAUUAUUGAAUCAGAAAAACGAGCUGAUGCUGCAUUCCUGGUGAUGAAAUGGCUAUCUGAUCAUCUCAAGGUUUCUUCCAGUCAUGACACUGGAAGAGGUAUUCACAUCUCAAAGCUGUCUUCUCCCACUGCAGUGGGCAAUCAUAAGAUUCUUGAGACUAAAGAUGAUGCUAAUGCUCUGACUGUGGAAGAUAUUGAGGCUCAAGUUGAGUUGGAAAGUUUAGUUUUGGAGUCUGAAAAUGCUAUUAAUUCAUGUUACAUGGAUGUAGAGAUGCAUAUAUCAGCCCUCCAAACAGGUAUUCUUCAAGCUUCUACCACAUACACUAAGUGGGUUAAAGACUUGGUGAAUGAAAUCCAAGAGUUGAAGAGUAAAUUUAUGGAAUUAAAGGAAAAUUAUACGGGCUUUCAGUCUUCUACAAACAAAUUUCAACAAUCAGAAUCACUCAUGUUUCAAAAGUUUGAGAACCAGUUGCAUGUUCUGCGUCCAAUAAGAGAUGAACUUGCUACAAUGAAUGAAAGACUUAAAAUCAUUGAUGAUUCUAUAAACAAAAAAAUAAGUGCAAAUGGUUACGAAUUAAAGGAUGAAUAUUUAGCAGAAGCAGACGGCUGGAGUGCUGACAAUUCUUCGUCAGGUUAUUCCACAUCUGGUUCUGAUUUUUCAAAUGAAAGUGCUAUUUUAGGGAAUCAAUUGGAUGGAUUCUCACACACUUGCAGCUCUAAGUUUCAUGGGAAGAUAACAAAACAGAUGAUGGAUCUGAAACUUCCAACAGGCUCAUCAGUUCAAUCUGGAUCAGCAAAUUCAAAGAAGCUGUUUGAAAAAUUAUGUCAUGAUGAAGCAAUGACAUUCUGCCUGAGAAAAGAGCUGGAUACGGUAUUUGAUGCAUUUAACAAACUCUAUAUUCAACUAAGCACAAUUCUCGAUGAGAAUGAUAUUGUGAAUAUUUCUCACCCAGGAGAGAGGAACAAAAUGGUUCAAUCUUUUGGCUUGAUGAUGGAGAUUGGAGAAGCCUCCUGUUGUAAUGCCAGAAAGGUAGUUGCUGAUGACAAGGUUAGUCAAGCCAGUAUUUUCUUAGGCAAAUGUGAGGAAGCCAAUGCAACAAUGAAAGAGGCUGAUCAUGUGUUGAAUGCAUUGCUAAAAGCAAAUGAAAAUGCAAAACAAUUGAAUGGUAUGUGGAAGCAAGCUAGUGAGGAAAUGAUGAUGGAGAGAUCACAAUUACUUGAAGAAAAUAAGCUCCUUAAGUCUUCCAUAUACUUGAAAGAAGAAGAGAACAAAUUACUACUGGAUGAAAUUUCUCAUGGUCUGGUAGGAGUAGCAAAAUGUGUGUCUUUAUUUGAAGAAAGUUUUCUGCGAGUGCAGAGAGAAGUGGAAGACAGAUGUGAGGUUUUGUAUUCCGAUCUCUUAUCUAUGGGCAAAGAGAUACUCCACUUUGUUUGCAGCUCAAGAUCGUCACUUGAAGAUAUUUUCUCUGAUAUGAUGGAGAAGGAAUUGGCCCUUUCUAUCAUGUACCAUUGUGGUGUAUCUAUCCACAAAAUUCCAUGCUUCAAUUUACAAUCUGGAACUCACCCAUUUGGACAGCAAGAAUAUCAGUUGAUAAUAGAUCCUUUGCAUAAGGUUCGCUCCAGCGGUCAAGAUGACUUUAUGAUUUCUAAUAAAAAGGUCUCUGAGGGAGAGGAAAUGGUCACAGACUUGGAAGGAGAGCUGGGUCUAUCAUGUGAUAAUAUGAUGUAUGAAAAUUUGUCUCUUAAGAAAGAAUUGGAAAGGAAAGAAGUUUUAUUAAAGGGUUUGCUUUUUGAUUUUAGUUUGCUGCAAGAAGCGGCCUCAAAGAAAAAGGAUAUCAAAGAUGAAACUGAAAAGCAAAUUUUGGCUUUGAGUGAAGUUCGACAUGAGCUACAGUUGAAAACAGGUCAGCUUGAUAACCUGCUGGUUCAGUAUAAAAAAGUUGAAGGCCAUCUGGCAGAUACUGAAAAUGCUUUAUCCAUAUCAAAGUCUGAUCUUAUGCAUGCUAAGGAAAGAUUAGAUAUUUUGUCAGGCCAAAAUGAAGAGUUAAGAAUGAUUCUAAAGGAUCUCUAUCUCAAAAGAUCCGAAGCUGAAGAACAACUGGCAGAACAAAAGGAAGUUGUCAGAGGGCUGGAAAAGGAAGUUAUUCACUUAAAUUCUUCUUUUGAGAAAAAAUUGCGCUCUUCGGUUGAAGACCUUGAAGAAGACCUACUUAAGGCCACUAAUGAAAGAGAUCAACUCUGUGAAGAGAUUUGCUUCUUGAAUGAUAAGCUUGAGAUGUCACGUGCAUUAGUAGAUGAAAAUGAAGCUAUUGCUGUUGAAGCUCGGCAGGAGUCAGAGGCAAGUAAAAUAUAUGCUGAACAGAAGGAAGAAGAGGUCAAGAUUUUAGAACAUUCUGUUGAAGAGCUUGAAUGUACCAUAAACGUACUGGAGAAAAAGGUAUAUGAAAUGGAUGAGGAGGUAGAAAGACAUCGGUUGAUCAGGGAAUCAUUAGAACUGGAACUUCAAGCUUUGAGACAGAGAUUGUCAACAGUUGAUAACUUCACUGACAUUGUAGAUGCUGAUAACACAAAUUCUUUACAAAACGAAGACCUUAUAUCUAGGAAAUUGAACAAUGAACUGGAACUUCAUGAGGCACAUAAUCAGAUACGAUUUCUUGAGAGGAACAUUGCAGAAAAGGAUGAAGAGAUCAUGCAAUGCAAAGAGUACAUCUCUGAACUUGUAUUGCACUCAGAAGCCCAGGCAUCACAAUACCAAAAGAAGUAUAAGACUUUGGAAGCCAUGGUUCAUGAAGUUAAAACAAGUUUAUCAAAUUCAACAUCAGCAGCUGCAACACAGGAUAAAAGUGAGAAAAGCUCAAUGAAAGCAAGGGGCUCAAGUUCACCAUUUAGAUGCAUUUCAAGUUUGGUUCAGCAGAUGAAUUUGGAGAAGGAUCAGGAAUUAUCAGUGGCAAGGCUUCGCAUAGGAGAGCUAGAAGCAGUGUUGGCUAGUCGGCAAAAGGAGGCAUGUAUGCUAAAUGCAAGACUAGCAGCAGCAGAAAGCAUGACGCAUGAUGUCAUACGUGAUUUACUUGGUGUCAAAUUGGACAUGAAUAACUAUGCGAACUUGAUUGACCAGCACCAGGUUCAAAAAUUAGUGGAGGCAGCUCAUCAGCAGACAGAAGAGUUCCAUGCAAUGGAGCAAGAAAUCCUGAACUUGAGGAGACAGAUUAAUGAUCUCAUCAAGGAAAAAGAGAGUUGCAUGUCUGAAAUAAAUAAGAAAGUAGCAGAUAUACUUGCUGCUCAGAUGACUGUAGAGCAACUACAAGAGCGGGAUCAGUUGCUUUCUGCACAGAAUGAAAUGUUGAAGAUAGACAAAACCAAUCUACUGAGGAGAGUUGCAGAACUGGAUGAGAUGGUGAAAACCCUUCUUGGAACACAAAGUACCCAACAGCAGAUUCAACAGACAUCAAAAAAUAAGGAGAAUGGCAUGUUGAAAAUGGGUGAUGCUGAUUUAACCAAGAGGCUAGCGCACUCGGAAAAGCUUCUUGAUCGUGUGAAUAAUGAACUUGCACAGUACCGCAGAUUUAGUAGAAAUCAUCCACAUGACAAUACCUAUGGACAUGGGACUUGGAAUUAAAACAGAGUAGGUCCGCGGGAAUGGUGCCUUUUUUUUUUUCCUAGGUGUCGACCAAUGUCAGAAUAGCUUUUGCAUUCAACCAUCUAUGCCAAAAUUGGGGGAAUUUACAAGGAUUGUGAAUACUUUCCAUGUGGUUUGGCCCCGAGAAAAUGACAAGUACAUAACAAUAUGUGCACGUAUACAAUGUAACUGUGCAGUUGUGGAUGGUUUUUUAUUUUUCUAUUUGUUUAGAAUUGUGGUGGAGUGGUGUUUUAUGGAUUAA